AUGGCAGACAACAACAACAACAACAACAACAACAACAACACGUCCAGCACGUCUACCAAGACAGGCUCGUCGAUACAGAUUACACAUCGUCAUGACCGUACCCUGCUCAUGACCGUAGUUCAGUCCUUGGUACGGUUGAUGCGCUCUCGUAUCGGCAACCGUACGCCAGACCACGAAGAUGGUUCUAUCCGUCUGAAUCCCUCCAAAUCGAAUCUUUGCCAAUGCACUCUCCGCGAACGAACCGUAUGUGACAUGCACAUAUACGAUGUUGUACCACCCAACCAAGCGGAAAAGAGAUCGAAGAAGCGCAUAUACUACUUUGCUGGAGGUAGCUGGCAGGAGCCACCCUCGCCCCAGCACUACAAGAUAUGCGCCAAAAUGGCCAAAGAAAUGGUCGACACCUCCACAUCUAUUGUAUCAACUCCGCUCGCACCCAACAAUCCCGCGUCUAGCUCCUUCCCUUGGUGCAUGAAGACAUACCGCACUUUGAUGGCAGAGGCAGAGGAAGCGGGAGAAAAGGUCAUACUCGUAGGCGACUCGUCCGGCGCGAACAUCGCAUUAUGUUUAGUCUUGGAAGCUCUUCGAGAAGACAGCGAACAAGAAGGCGUGGAGAUCAAACAGAAUUCACAUCCUGUCGCCAUCAUGAAUGUGUGCCCUUCGACGGACCUUACGCGAACCAACACCGAUAUCGAUAAAGUCGCACCCAGAGACCCGUUGCUCACACCCAAGAUUAUCAGAGCUACUGCAAAGGCAUGGCAGGGCGACUGGGAUCCUUCGGAUCGCCGUAUCUCUCCUAUAAACGGUGACAUUUCACUACUCGCGAAGAAGGGCAUCAAAGUGCAUGGCAUAACCGCUGGUUGCGACGUUUUGAGUCCGGACGGAAUCAUCUUCCGUACCAAGUGCGCCGAAGCAGGUGUUGAGGGACAGUGGGUACAUUGGGAGAAGCAAAUGCAUUGCUUCGUCCUUACCAUGCCGUACGGUCUUGUCGAGGCCAAAGACGCCGUCAAAUGGAUGGUUGAUAUACUGAAGAAGGAGUGA